ACAGAGAGACCUAGUCCACCGGAAAAACUUGGAGUAACCAAUGUUACAAAGGACAGUGUGUCACUGGCUUGGUCAAAACCAGAACAUGAUGGAGGAAGCAAAAUCCUGGGUUAUCUGGUUGAAGCUCUAGAGAAAGGGCAACAAAAAUGGGUCAAAUGUGCCGUAGUCAAGACAACUCACCAUGAUAUUCGUGGUCUCAAAGAAAAUGUUGACUACUUCUUCAGAGUUUUUGCAGAAAAUCAGGCCGGUCUCAGUGAUCCUAAAGAACUUCUUCUACCUGUAACCGUUAAAGAAAAGCUUGAAUCACCUGAAAUAGACAUGAGAGGAUAUCCAAGUAACACUGUGUAUGUCAGAGCAGGUUCAAAUCUUAAAGUUGACAUUCCAGUUUCUGGUAGGCCUCUUCCUAAGGUGACACUAUCCAGAGAUGGUCUUCUUGUGAAAUCCACUUUGCGAUUCAAUACUGAGACCACAGCAGAAAGCAUCAUUAUUCACCUUAAAGAAAGUGUUGCUGCUGAUGCUGGAUCUUAUGAAUUAACAGCAUCCAACUCCAGUGGAACCACUAAGGCCACAGUCAAGAUUGUUGUACUAGACAGACCAGGCCCACCAGUAGGUCCUGUGGUCAUCAGUGAUGUCACUGAAGACAGUAUAACACUGCAGUGGGAGCCUCCAGGUUAUGAUGGUGGAAGUCAGGUUACUAACUACAUUGUCCUAAAGAGAGAAACAAGCACUGCUGCUUGGUCUGAAGUUUCUUCUACAGUGGCCAGAAAUGUCACAAAGGUCAUGAAACUGACCAAAGGAGAAGAAUACCAGUUCCGUAUCAAAGCUGAAAAUCGUUUUGGCAUCAGUGACCAUAUUGAUUCUGAGUGUGUAACUGUCAAGCUGCCUUACACCAUACCUGGGCCACCAUCCACUCCAUGGGUCAGCAAUGUUACCCGAGAGAGCAUUACUGUGGGUUGGCAUGAGCCAGUCUCUAAUGGUGGCAAUACAGUUAUUGGGUAUCACUUAGAAAUGAAAGACAGGAACAGUAUCUUGUGGCAGAAAGCUAAUAAGACAAUAAUUCGCACAAGUCACUUCAAGGUCACCAACAUCAGUGCCGGGCUCAUCUAUGAAUUUAGAGUAUAUGCUGAAAAUGCUGCUGGAAUCGGAAAAGCCAGCCAUCAAUCAGAACCUGUACUAGCAAUUGAUGCAUGCAUGUGAGCCUCCUAGAAAUGUCCGUGUAACUGAUAUUACAAAGGUUUCUGUGAACCUGGCAUGGCAGAAACCAGCAUACGAUGGUGGCAGCAAAAUCACUGGAUACAUUGUAGAAAAACGUGACCUACCAAAUGGUCGUUGGACCAAGGCCAGCUUCACCAAUGUUAUUGAGACACAGUUUAGCGUAUCUGGAUUGACUCAAGGCAAUCAAUAUGAAUUCCGCGUCUUUGCCAAGAAUGCAGUUGGUUCCAUAAGUAACCCAUCAGAUGUCGCAGGACCCAUUACUUGUGUUGACACUUAUGGUGCACCUCAAAUAGACGUACCACCAGAGUACACAGAUGUUGUGAAAUUUAAG